GGGAGCGUGGCGGCGGCGUCGGCAGGGUCCGUCUCUGACUGAGCGGGGCGGGCUGAAGCGGAGGAGGGAAGCCGCCUCCCGUCCUCCUGUGUAGAGGCUGCCCACCCGCGCCGAGUUAAGCCUAGCGGGGUGGGGGGGGGGGGCAGAAGGAGGAGGCAGGCGCUGUUUCCAGCUGGUUCGCCGCCCUCCCCUCAGCGGGGUUGCGGGGCCUGGAGCUGGGCUGGUACCGGCGGUUGGCGGAGCCUGGCUGGAGCGGUUGCCGUAGGUGAUUGAAUGUCUCUGCGAGGCCUGCCUUCAUCUGCCCGACUCUUCCUCCGGUGCUGCCCCCAGGGUCCAGGCCCUACCUGUGCCACAGCUGCGGCCCGCCAGUGUCCAUACCCGUGUGCUGCGGGGGCCGUUCUUAGUGACGAGGCUUAAGGGUUGCUACAAAAGGGGAUUUUAAACGUAGUUUAGAGGAGCAACGGGAGCCUUCCUUCCCUGCACCAGAAAAUUGAUAUCCCUGUCAACAGGAAGGAGAACCUUAUCAGGAUUUCUGCUAUACUCUAGUACCAGUUGAAAGAUGGAUGAUGAUGACUUUGGAGGAUUUGAGGCAGCAGAGAGUUAUGAGUUUGGAAAUGGUGAAAAGCAGACUACAUCCCCUGCUAUUGCCUGGGCAGCAUUUCCUACAGUGUCUGAAGUCCAUAUAUCUCCCGAUGUUCUUCUGGAGAACCCUGUGCUUUCUUCCUGCCUGGCUCCUUCUGACUCAUUUGGUUUAUCUGGUGAUAACAUGGCAACAGCUAUUCAAACAGUCAACAAUGUUAUAAACACAGCUGUUCCUGAAGAACAGAUUCAAGCAGAUAUUCCAGUUGCCUCUUUGAAUGUAAUUGAAGACAAGACUUUAGUUACAUCAACCAUUGCUUUGGCUGAUGCUGAGACACAGAGAACAAAUGAACCGAAGAGCUACCUUCAACAAGCUUUUGCAAACCUAGAAAUCAAGCUUUGCACUGCUGAAGAAGAAAAAUUAAAAAUUAAAAAGAAAUUAGAAUAUUUACUGGAAAACCAUAGUAUUCUAGAAAUGGAUUUCUUGAAGGAAAAAAAAGAAAAAGUAAUUUCACAUCAAGAUCAUUACAAGACUCUCCAGGAAAAGCAUAAGCAGGAGUUAGAAGACAUGAGGAAAGCUGGACAUGAAGCCUUGAGUAUUAUUGUUGAAGAAUUCAAGGCACUGCUACAAUCUACAGUUCAACAGCAAGAAGCAGCUAUUGAAAAACAGUAUAUACUAGCAAUUGAAAAACAUUCUCACAAAUGUGAAGAACUUCUUAAUACUCAGCAUCAGCGACUUCUGGACAUUUUGGAAGUGGAGAAGGAAGUGCUAUCCGGAAAGAUAGAAGAGGCUUUGAUGCAGCAGUCACAAAAACACAAGGAAGUGCUUGACAAAUGUUUGGAUGAAGAAAGACAAAGAAGUAAGGAGGCUGUGGCAGCUGCUGCAAAGGCUGAAAAAGAAGUAGUGCGGCAGACUGUUCUGAAAGCAGUAGAGGAGGAGAGGAGAAAUAUGGAGAAGAUUCAUGCAGAAGAAAGAAAAAUGUGGGAAGCAGAGCGUGACAGACAUAAAGAGAAGAUUGCCCAGGCUGUCUGGGAAGCCAUGCAAGAGCAAAGAAAGCAUAAUCAAGAAAUUGUCAAGGAAGCGUUAAUGGAGGAGCAAAAACGAAGUGAAAAGGCAAUUGAAGAAGCAGUGAAAAGGACAAGAGAGGAACUGAUGGAAUAUAUUAAAGAGCAGAAAAGGCUUGAUCAAGUUGUCCGUCAGAGAAAUCUGCAUAGUUUGGAACUUUUCCUCUCAUGUGCACAGAAACAGUUAGGCGUUUUAUUAAAGGAAGAGCCAACCACAACAGAGGAAAAUGGAGACUGACAUUCUCAGUACUGCUGAUACAGUGUGAUUUGUGAAGCUGCAAGUCUCAAUCCAGCAAACGACAAAUGCGUUCUAAUCUUUUGGGAUUGUAUCAUUGAUUCAAGAUUGAUCUGAAACUAUGCUUGAUAGAAGUAUUUGUGGAUGAUGUUCUUUUAUUUAUUUAUUUAUUUUACUCCUAUUAUCAGAUUGCAAAUAUGGGAGGGGAAAAAAGUCCCUGGAAAGAAUUGGUUUUAUUUAUCAUUUUUCUUUCAUUAUAUUUACUAGUAGCCCAUGAUUGAAGUUCUAGAUAACUGCAGGAAUGAUGAAAACGUUUCCCUGUUAUGUCUGGUUUAAAUUUGGCAUCAUGCAUUGAUGUACUUUAUCAGUAUUUUUGUUAUUUUAAAAGAUGGAGAAAAACAUUUAAUUGAAUAUAGAUACAAACCCGUCUCUACUUCCAAAGUACAUGCCCAAGUGCAUUGCCUCAGGUGAACCUGAGGAGCUUCUUAUUUCCUACUACUUUUGAUGUGUAACAGAAGAAUCAGUACUGAAACGUAAGAGUGUUGACAGGCGUUUCUUCAGUCAUUUAUAAACAACUCCAGCUCUGGUAAUAGAAAAGUUUAAAAACUAAACAGUGCAUCUUCUUAGAGUAGUUCAAAACGUUGCCAUAACCGAUGUAUAGUAUGUAUUUUAUUUCUGUUUUACAAAGCUAGUUUGAUUCCAAAAGUCGUUUUCUCAUGCAAGUACGAUUAAUGUGACUGACCUCAGUUUCAGGAAGAAGAUGUAUGUAAUUAUGUGGAGGCUGAUACUGCACUGCUUCAGUGGAAUUUCUGACAGAAUAAGGAGUGCAAUUUGCUGACCUCAGAUGCCCUUUCUAAACCCAUUGAAGGAAGUAGAAAACUCCCCACUGACAUUCUUGGACUUUGGAUCAAGUCGUAGGUCUUUCUAGUCUUGCUAAUGACAGCAUGGAGGGGAAUUUCUGUGCCUACACUCUAUUGAUUGUAGAUUUGGGGCCUUAGUUAUAAAAGAGUUCUGACUGAAAUAAGGGAAAAUAAAUGCUCACACUUAGGAACGUAAAUAAACUGAGAAUGAUAUCUCUUGUGGUGAGCUAGUGAUUCAAUGGGGGACCUAUGGGCAUUUUUUAGUGUCGUUCUUGUUAUUCAGUGGUGUUUUGAGUUUUUUUUGUUUGGCUGGGUUUUUUGCAUCAGCAGUCACUUUUCAUAAAUUGCUUUUUUAUAGCAAAAAGGAAACACUAAAUGGUUGCGUAUGUAUUUGGCAGUAUGAAACGUGUUGCAGAGAGUUUAGGUUUUUAUUUAAAUCUUUUUCUGUGCUUCAUUUUUGUAAUCAAAACCAAAGGUUUUGUCUUCUGUAUGUAAAAGUUCCCUGAAGAAGUAAAUAAUUCUGAUUUUCCUAGAUGAUGACCUCAGCCUACAAAUGGAUGAAAAUCCAGUCUUUUUUUUGAUAUUUCUUGAUUGACUGGUCAGUUUCCGUUUCUUCUGGCAGACCAAAAAAUACUUUUGUGUUAAUGAGUUGCCUACUUAUUUAUCGUUCCUAAACCAGUGAAAUUCUUGUCUUUGUCAACUCCACCAAAGGUGACGCAGAUGUCCACGUGGUUUUUUUUGGAAAGUAGAGGCAGUGUAAAAUAAAAUUGGUUGUCUAGUGCUGUCUCAAAAUCUAUGUUUAAUUGUGGAAAUGUGGUAUGAGCAGAUUCCUAGAUGAACUUCAACAUUCUUGGUUUUACUUCUAGGCCUGUACAUGGAAUAGUAUUCCAUUUUACUGAAGACCUCAAAGUGUUCCGCAUCAAAGCCAGAGCCUUAGCAGUAUAUCAGCAUUCUCCUAUUAAAGAGUUCUAUAUCCUGACUUGCAACAAUAUGUAAAAGCACUUGGAGAAGCUUAUCAUUGGAGUCAGUAAGAUUUCAGUGGCAAUUAUGGUAUGUCUUUCCCAUUAGAACAUCUCGUGUUCUUUAAUCUCAGUUCUUGAAUAUUGUGAUUGACACAGAGAACUGUGGAUAUUUUUUUCUUACCUUUGACAGUUUUAGUCCUUUAAUCUUUUUCUCUACCCUGCAAGCAAAACUGCAGAAUUAGACCACAGACAUACAAGAUCAGAUUGGGAGUUUGGAUUACAUUCAAAACUCCCAAGUCUCAGAGAAGAAGUUUAGUUACCCAGCAGAAAAAGGUUUAUCCAGUAUGUUAGCUUUGGAGUAUGCAAUAACCUCCAUCUUCUCCACAUUGCAUCUAAAGCUUUAAAACUUACUUUUAUUUUUCAUUAUUUCUACCUAACCAUAGGAGAAUAAAGUUUUGUGGAAAUUUAGGAGGAGGGAAGGCAGGGAGAAGUUUGCAAAACCCAGUCUAGCUCCUAGAAGGUGUCAUCACAAUUUUAUUUUAUUUUUUUUAUUCCUACAUACAGACUGAAGAAUGACAUAUAAGAGAAAAUAAUAGGUUCAAGGCCUGCAGGGUAGAACUUUGCCUGCCUCUGAGGCAUGGCUGCUAGUGUAACAAUUUUGGCAAAACUGAUAUGUAAUGGGAGGAACAAGAAGCUCUAGAACUAAUCCUUAGAAUUGAAAUGCAAGAACUAUAAAUGUUCAAGCUAGUGAGACUGCAGUCUAGAACAUUACCAAAGCUCAUAUAAUAUACAUGUUAUAUAUAUAUGACUGUGUACUUUAUAUUAGAAAUAAACCACAAAUCUUGUUAUGUAGAGAUGUAUUUUAAACAAUCAGUUGUGUGUAUUAAAAGUUACCUAAAAGACAGGGUAACGGUAGAUCCAGUGUAUAUAAAGGUGUCUUUCAUUGGUGUCAGUCAGGCCCAUUCUGUUUUAACACUUCUACUUGACGGUCUACAGCAGAGAUCAGAACAGUGAAGUUUAUAACUAAUACUUUAAUAAGUUAAUACUGAAUAUUGUGAUAUCAUACAGUCCUACACAUUUGUGUUAUAUUUCUGUAUGUUUCUGUUGGCUCCCUAUCUGCUUCCAUUACAGAAUUCUAGAUUAGGUCUGAGACUAUGUGCGUACAAGUCAUUAACAAAGAAGAAAUCAUUUACCAUACACUUUUUGUACGCUGUCUAUAGUUAAGAUAUAGGAAUAUUUGAAUUUUAGCCUUGCUCUAAGAAUCUCAUUGACAAAUGAUGCUUGAAUUCCUUGAAGCAUUGAAUUCCUUUACUCCGUCAUGAGAAGGCAGAACAAAGAAAAAGCAGUAGUCAUUCCAGAGGCUGAGAUUGCAUUAGUGUUUUGAGAUUUUUGUGCAUCUUUACAUUGGCAUCUGAUCAAAAGUUGCCUCAUGUCCUGCCAGCUCAGUAAAUGGCAAUGUUAAUUCCUGACUGUCUGAAAUUAUCCAUGGAGACAUGACCUUUAAGAGCCUAAUUUCUGUUCACACUGAAACUCCCUUAUAGCACUCUAGACCCUCCUCUUCUAUUGUGUGUUUUCUAUCUCCACAUAUUUGAACUUACAGAUUUUUUUCCCCACCCCUUGGAUGGAGGGAACAUGUGAUAAGAUUUCAUCUUGUUUCCUAGCAGGAAAUAGCCACUGAUAAAAAUUGUUCAUCAAGGGGACAGAUACAAUUUAUGCUCACUUUCAGAUCACGUACAGUGUCAGUGGAGUUAUCAAAUGGACUUAGUGCAAAUGUAAAAUGAGCUGGAUUGGAUACCCAAUCUAGCUUCCAGCUAGUUAGCUUUCUUGAUGCCGGAUGGGUAGGUGUUAAAGCAUAGAGCACAGCAUGGUCUAACAAGCCAUUUACAUCUUUCCCCAGCUUCAUUGCAGCCUACACCCAGCUACCUGAAAUACAGUUUCCUUUAACUGGUUUAGGUACUGUAAACUUUCUUGCAGGAGUGACUAACGUGUGGAUGAGAUUGUCUUAAAAAUUUUUACAUGGCCAUUCUGAAUACUAUAUAGAAAUAUUUUAUAACAUCUGUGGCAUUCCUUUUUCAUCAGUGGUUUAUAAACGUACCAAAGAAACGUUGGUCUGGAAAACACUUUUUACAUGGGUGUAAUUUGAGCCUUCAGUUCACUUCAAUGUGCUUGCAGGAACUGACAAAACAAAUGUUUUCUUUUCUGUGAUCUGCCCAAGAAUAUUGUUCUUCUAAGGCUUCAAGAAUUGAUGGCUUACCUGCUAGAAUAGCUUAAGCACAGUUUUCUUUAUUAAUUUUUAAGCCUACAUAAAACUAAUAAUACUGCUGCUGAAUUAGAGUCACAUUUGAACAGUUGAACAUCACGGGGAAACCAUCCCAGUUGCACUCUCUCUGGCUCAAGUUUUGUAUUUGCCUUUGAAAGCAUAUGCUUUGUUAGCUAAAGGAAAGCACUGCGGUGUAUAGACGUCUCACUGUAGACAUUGCCUAAAGAGUUCACUUGCCAUGGUGAUGCAGUAGCUAAAAAUGCCCUCGUCAAAGCUCCCUCAUACGUGGAGCAAAAGGUCAGUCUUGCUUUAUGCCAUUUGUCACAGAUAGACAUUUGCCACAUGGUAGGUUAUGGUGUUUACAUUUCUGUGGGAAGCAUUGCUAGCAUUACAUUAUAAAGACCUAUCGAAAUAUAGAAGAAAGUGGUGAGAGUCAACUGUAGGUGCUGGUGACAACAUAGUAUUUAGCAACACAACAUAAAGAUGAUUUUUUUUUUUAUUCAUCUUGUUUAUUGUAUAGUGUGUAUUUUAAACUGAUCUUGUUUAUUGUAUAGUGUGUAUUUUAAACUUGUAUCACCUUUCAGUGAUACAACAUUCCUGUGAUAAUAAUAAUAACAAUAAUUUCCUGUGAUAGAUGUGGUAUCGGUAUUUUAUCCACAUCUUAGAUGCUGUGUAAUUAUAAUAAUUUUAAUAUGCGUCAGAGAUUCAUAUUUGUUUAUAUUGCCUGUAAUUCCUCACAUUUCAGACUUGCUAAACCAGCAUUUUUUAGAUGCUUUCCAUUGUCUGGCGUGGAUAAUACAAUACACAAAGAAAGUAUUAUUGAAUAAAGACUCAAGACUAUUCUACUUUUUUUUCCGAUGGCAUUUUUAAACAGUUUGACAGCGAACACUAGUAAAAAAAUGAGACGUGUAUUAGUACACAUAUCCUAAAAAUACAAAAUGCUACAAAUUUGUGUUUUUUUUUUUUUUUUUUUUCAGAUUUGGUAAUAAAUCUGUAUCAAUAGAUAUAGAUCACGAUCAGAUGGCAAGUCAUUGGCAUUCAUUCUCUUUCUUCAAGUUAAAGUAUUUUGUCUUCUCACAAAAGCCAAAGGGAUUUGUACCUCUCUGAGUUUAAAAGAGAAGCUUGACUUAACCGAUCCCCUCUACAGUAUAAUGGUAAGAGGCCCUUUAGCCAAGGGAGAAACAGAAUUGUUUUUGCUGAGUGAACUUUGAAGGAUGUUUCAGUUCUUGUACUACUACCAAAUUAGGGCAUCAGUUAAGACUUCAUGUCGAUCUUGCUACAUAAAUUUUCUGAAAUAUAGCUGCUCAUGAUGAUACAUGGCCAGGUCUCUAUUUUUGUGGCAAUGAUUUUAAAAAUUCCAUUACUUAAACAUCCCGCUCUUCUAUUGUGACUGUAGAUUACAUAUUUGGAGAGUGAUUGUGAAGCUCUGGCUCCCAGGAAGUCAGGAGGAGUUUGCUGUUGCUUAUUUCCAGCUCAAAAUGUCAUCCUUCCUCACAUUUUUUGCAAUGCAACUACAACGAAUAUAAUGCACACAGCUUUGUCAUGGUAUGGUUCUGGAAAUGUACCAAGAAGUUGUUUCAAGAGCAGAUUUCAUGAUCAGCUCUUUAAAGAAAAUGCCAGCAUUUGUUCUGUAUGUGGUAGAUUGGGGAAGGGAGAUUGGCUGUUGGCUGAGACCUUGGUGAGGGGAUACGUGUGUCACAUUAUGACUAUACUACUGCUAAGAAGAAUGUAUUUUCAUAUUCUCAUUAAAGUAAGUUGCUUCUCCCUUGGUACAUCAGAACUAAUAGCAACUCUGUAGUAUUACCUACUGAAAUGCCUAGAAAAAACACAUUCGGUUGUAUCAAUGAAAUCACUAUCACAAAGAUGUAAAUCAGUCCAUUUUAGUAUCAAGUUUGACAGUAGUGGCAACAUGAAGGUAAAUGUAAGGUGCUAUUUGUGCUAUUGUAGGUAAAUGUGAGGUGCUAUUUCAACUGACUGAUGAAGUUUACAGCUGGAUAGUAGUUUGAUAAAAAAAUGGAUGAAUCCCGAUAAGUUUGUGAGGGUUAAAGAGUCAUACAAGUGAGACCACCUUGCUUUUUUUAUGGAUCAUUGUUAGAAGGAGUCAAAAUCUGUCCUGGAGUGUCAGUGGCCAACGAUUUCAGCAGUUGCCUGAAUACAACAGAACUGCAUUUGGUCUGUUUGAAACAAUAACAUUGACAUUGGAAAGCAUGAUUAUUUCAGCAAACUGUCCAUAUACAAUUUUCCAACUCUUGUGUCUUUAAGGGGGUUUUGUGCAUUUUUCAUGUGUUCCCUGCCCUAGGGCAAAAGGAACAGUGUUUUCAUAAAUGUUUAUGAGCGUGAUGGUGAAACAAAAGGAGGAGUUGUAAGCAAGGUGGAAUUUAUUUUCUCCAUACUCUUUUGGUAGUGAGGGCAAGGAUAUUUGAAAGAACAGCAGUUCUCUAGAUGCAGAAAAAAAACAAAAUAAUAGUAUUGUGGUUUAUGAAUUGAGAGGGAUUUGGUGAGGAAGAAGAGACAAAGAGGUAUUCUUUUAUAAUGUGAACUUCGUGGUAUAUUAAGAGCUAGAAAAGAUGUGAUUUCACAGAACAGAGAGGGAUGACAGGUUCAAAUGAGAAGUGCAGACAGGAGGUUCUGAAUCCUUUAGAAAUCACUCAUCUAAACCUACAAACUUUUCAGAUGUAAACAGCAAAAUGAGUCAAGAAAAAAGAAAGGUGAAGAUGCAUAUACUUCCUGUGCAGUUUAAAGAGUAAUUGGUUUCAGGACUCAGAACUUCUCAAGCUUAACAGUGGUUUCUGUAAGGACCUAGACAAUUUAACCAGAAGGUCUGUUCUCUCAGAAAACAGUACUACAUGAGAAUCUGUACUUCAGAACAACAUCCAAAACCUCAAAAUAAAAGUUUAUGCUUUGUAAAGCUUAAAAGCAUUGCAAGGCUGACAUGUUGAGACCCCAAUACAUUAGUCUGACAAAUGUCAAUACAUAUUCCUGGGCAUCCUGGACAGAAUAUUUUCGGAGCUUCUAUGGAGGAAUGGUGCUCACUAGGGGUACUACUGUAUCAGGAUGAUGAACAUAUUCUUGCUUGAUUGUUACACUGAUAUUAAAAAGAAAGUUAUAUGCAUAAUGGAGAAGCGUUUAAAUGUCUGCCAAAUGGAAAGGGAUCCAGAUGUGUUCAAAGAUAAUACAAGAUCUAUCCAUCUUCUUGGGAAUAAGAAGUGUGUUUAGGUCUCGGAAUCAUCUAUCCAUCUUCUUGGGAAUAAGAAAUGUGUUUAGGUCUCGGACAAAAUAAUUUUUCAUUUGCAGAGAUUGGAAUAAAAAUUCCUAUAAGCUCGAGACGGCAGUGGAGAAGGUCUACAAAAGACUGAUAGUUACACAGUUCAUGAAUGACAAGACUACUCAGAAGAAUACAAAUAACUACAAGCAGGAUCAGCAUCAAAUUGCACUCGAUUAUAUUAAUAGGUAAUAUAAAUAUCAUAGUCAUAAUGUGUAUGCACAGUUUUCAAGACAAUUUUUCUUCAAAAAAUUCUUCAGAGAACAAGUGAGUUGAAGGAGGGGGUGAUAAGGUCAUCCUCCUCUGUAUUUAAGAAGGAUCCAAAUGGAUGGUUGACUGGUUUAUUGUUUGUUGGGGCCAAGUGUUAAUACCUAUUCAGAUGCAUAAGCAUCCAGAAGUGCAUGCUAGUUUUCACAGAGCAAUCAUAUAGCACAACUGUCUGUACCAAUUAGAUGUUUUAAUCAUAUUUUUCCUGUUGGUUAAGCUUCAAUGAAUCACGCUGGUAAGUGGAUUAAAGUCUUUUAUGUGCCUUGUA